AUCAAACAUGGCCAUGAUCGAGAAUUCUGUAUGGGUAGCGAAUAUAGAAGUGCACGGAUAUAAAUUCGACGAUAUGCGGAUGAGGUUACCCCGACAUGCAAGAGACUUUUAACGCAUCCGAAAAUCUGGUUAUUCGUUGUUUGAAACCCCAGAUAACUAACAUGGUGUGUAUGUGUGCGUGUGCCGGUUAGAGCUGAUUAAAGUCAUACCAGAACAUUGCUGUGAAAAUGGGGCUCUGCAAAUGUCCAAAGAGAAAAGUAACGAACCAAUUUUGUUUCGAGCAUCGCGUCAACGUUUGUGAGCAUUGCAUGGUCACAAAUCACCCAAAGUGCGUAGUGCAGUCGUAUCUCCGAUGGCUGAGAGACAGUGAUUAUAGUCCUGCCUGCACUUUGUGUGCAGGAGCAUUGACCGAUGCGGACUGUGUGAGGCUUACGUGCUACCACGUAUUUCAUUGGGCUUGUGUCGACGCAUAUGCCAGGAACUUACCACCAACUACAGCUCCUGCUGGAUACACCUGCCCUACAUGUGGAAUUGAGAUUUUCCCACAACCCAAUCUUGUCUCAUCUGUCGCAGAUGUGCUCAAGGCAAAAUUGGCCGGUGUCAAUUGGGCCCGAGCAGGACUGGGAUUGCCAUUGUUGAGCGAUGACAGAGAGCGGAAGCCUGCGCAGGAACGGAAGGUCUCUGUGUCAGAGGUUUCUUUGUCUUAUCAAAGUCACACUACAACCCCCUCACCCAGCAUAGCAACACCCAGGACGAGUAGCAAUGUUAAUUCGAUAAACUCCAACAGCAACAGCAUUCAUUCCUCUGCCCAAAAGUCAGGGCCACCUUAUUCUGUCGUCAACGUAGAACCUUCCAUGCCAUUCUCCAAUCAAGCUACAAAGAAAGUAUUCGAAGCAUACGACGAUCCCAAAGAUCUCCCAUAUGACCACGACGAGAAUAAGUAUCAACGGAAGUCAGCUAUCGAAUGGUUUCUUAGGUGGUGGAAGCUUAUUUCCAGGACACCCGCACGCAGGCGGAAUUCUUCGGGGUCCCUGUACAAGAGAUAUGUCAUGGUCACUGUUCUUUUGUUCUUCGCAUUUGUAGGAAUUAUCAUAAUAUUUUCGUGGUUGGGCAGGAUAGCCACAGACGGCGACCCCAGUUUCGACGUCAAUAAGAAUACAUUGAUAAGACUGGAGGACAAGCAAGAAUAGAUUAUAGUUUAAGUUAAAACUGAACUCUACGAGAGAAUGAUAACGGUAUUUUGCGAUACCCUAAAAAAAAUUUAAUACCUGUUUAAUGCACAGUGUCAUAGGACAUGAGAAGCAUCGUUGAGUAAAGCUGUCAUCUCAUGCUUCGAAAAAAAUUACCUAAUUAUUUUCCAUAGUCAAUCAAUUCUCAUAUAAUAUAAUAAUAAUUGUAGAAACAAAAUGUACAUUUCCACUAACUAUAUUGUAACCGAUGUUUCGUUAUAUCGCCGAAAUAAUAUUCUCGUGAUAAUAUAGGCGUACUUCUAA